AUGACGAUUCGCGAGGACCUUGUGGCCUCCGCAGCCCAGUUCCUUCAAGACCCCAGUGUCGCGGCAUCGCCAGUCGAGAAUCGCGUGGCCUUUCUCAAGGCCAAGAACCUGACCGAGGAGGAAGUACACGCCGCCCUCUCCCGCGCUGGACCUGAGCAAGGACCCGCCCCGUCAUACGCCGCACCUCCUCCCGGCGUAGCACCAGGGCAGCAGCCAGCAUAUUAUGGGGGAUAUCCGCCUUACGGAUGGCAGCAGCCACCCCCAGCGGUGCCUAAGAGGGACUGGAGGGACUGGUUCAUCAUGGCCACGGUGGUCGGAGGUGUAGGCUACGGACUGUACGCCCUAGGCAAGCGCUACGUCUACCCUCUUGUCGCACCACCGACACCAGAACGCCUCGAGUCCGACAAGAAGUCAAUCGACGAGCAGUUUGAAAAGGCCUUCUGCCUUGUGGAACAGCUCUCCAAGGACACAGAAGAGCUGAAGGCCGCCGAAGAGCAACGGAAUGAGAAGCUGAACAAUGCGCUGUUUGAACUCGAGACGGUGAUCAGUGACCUCAAGUCUGCCAACAGAAGGAGAGAAGAUGAGGCCCAGCGCAUCCGGGACGACGUCCAUGGCCUGAAGGACUCCGUGCCUAAAGCUCUAGAUGCACAGAAGAACCUGACCGACACCAGGCUCCAAGAGAUCAACUCAGAAUUGAAGAGUCUCAAGACUAUUAUCAGCCAGCGGAUGACCAGCCAACAGCCAUCCGCAACGACAAACCCCAUUUUCAACCGCCCAUCGGUACCCACCCCGGUUUCCUCUCCCGCGCCAGCGCCAGCGACGUCAAUCUCGAACGGUGCGACCAAUGGCAAUGCUGGCGCUGAGGAAACACCCAAGCCGAGCAGUGGACCGUCUGUGCAGGAUUACGCGGCGAGCACGGGGCGGAGCUCACCGUUCAGCAGCGGCAUUUCAGCUUCCACAGUGAAGAUACCAGAGUGGCAGAGAGCUAUGGCGACGAAGAAGAGUAGCAGUUCUGCUUUGAAUGGCGGCGCUGCGGACGGUGGCAGUGGCUCACAGCCUGAGGCGGGUGGUAGCGGCUCAUAA